UUGUUAGCUAGCGAGCAGCGAUUAACAGAAUCUCUUAGCUACUUAGAUGUAGACAAAAGCAUUGGGCUAGGUGUAGUGUUUGUAAACAUUGAACCUUAUUAUUCAGUAAUAGUAUAUACAUUUAGUGUAUUUAAUGUGUGUUUUUCCUGAAACGAAUUCCUCCUGGAUAUUUGUAUAUUUUACUAAUUAACGUUUGGCUUGCUAGCUCGAUGUCAGCCAGAGGUGGCUAUUUUUUUUUUUUUACGUUUAGUAAAAGUUAAUACUUAGCUAUGAUAACGUUGCUCGUUUACACGGACCAGAAUUUUUAAAGCCGUAGGUAACGUGAUGUCUGACGGUUUUUAUAUCUAAACCUUCAUGAAAGCUUCCAUGAUGCUACAAGCAUGCGUAUGCUGAAGGCGACUCAAAUCAGGAUUUUUAUUGUUCGUCAUCCUUAUUGUUAUUAUUAACAAGUUGUGAUAUCCAGACACACUUUCUGCUUUGAGACAAUGGAGGAAAACGGAGAGACGAUCGAAUCGGAUGAUAUCGUGAUCAUCGUGGAAAACGAGGCGGAGAGCAAGCCGAUCCAAGAGGCCAAGCCGAAAGAGGAAGGCAGUCUGGGCCUGCUGGACAUCUGUCCCCUGUGUAAGCUCAGCUUCCACAGCAGGGAGCCCAAACUGCUGCCCUGCCUGCACUCCUUCUGCAAAAGAUGCCUUCCUUCUCCAUCGAGGAGCAUGGCGUACACAGAGCAGGGCAACAACCACCAAAUGCCCUCUGAGGGACAAGCAGGGAACGUGAUCCGAUGCCCAGUUUGUCAUCAAGAGUGCAUGGAAGUCGAGGUCUUGGAUAACUUCUUUGCCAAGGACACUAUGGAGGUGCCAAGCAGCACCGUCGAGAAGACCAGUCAGCUGUGUAUGAGCUGCGAUGACAACACUGAGGCAACUGGUUUCUGUGUGGAGUGUGUGGAAUUCCUGUGUGUCACCUGCAUUGAAGCUCAUCAGCGUGUAAAGUUCACCAGAGAUCACACAAUCAGGCAAAUGGAGGAGAUGUCAUCAGAAGCAAUGGGUGCUUCUACUCAGAAACCAGUUUUCUGUGAUGUCCACAAGCAAGAACCACUAAAGCUGUUUUGUGAAACUUGUGAUCGUCUCACAUGCAGAGACUGUCAGUUACUCAAGCACAAGGACCAUAAUUACCAGUUUCUGGAGGAUGCGUAUAGAAACCACAGGGAACACCUAGAGAAGAUGACGGGCCAGCUUCAGGAAAAACGAAAGGCCAUUGGGGAGGUGUCUGACACAAUAAAUAAUGGUCUUCAGCAAGUGGAUGAAAACCGCAAGACUGUCACCAAUGAGAUUAAAAAGGCCAUCUGCAAUCUAAUUAUGGAAAUUAACAGAAAAGGAAAGAUCCUAAUCAACCAGCUCGAGGCGUUGACAAAAGACCAUGAAAUGGUGCUAAAGAAACAGCAGGAGGACGUCUCCUCCCUUACCAAGCAUCUCGAUCAUGUGAUUAACUUCACAAAAUGGGCAACAGCCAGUAACAGUGGCACAGCACUCCUGUACUGUAAACGGCUGAUUUUGUAUCAAAUCCAGUAUCUUCUCAGAGCAAAGUGCAAUACCUCCUAUGUUCCUCAGAGUUCAGUUCGCUUCCAGUGCCGAGCUGCAUUUUGGGCUUCAAAUGUUGAUCUUGGUUCCCUGGUGGUAGAGAAAUCUUCAACUCGGCAGCCAAGUGGACCUCAGACAUUUCCUUUCCCGCAGAUGAACCCUGGCCCUAGAGGUGAAGGACCCCCCAUGGCCCUCACAGGAUCUCAGGCUCAGCAGCACAGACAGAGCACGCUGGCCCAGCUACAAAUGCAGGUGGAGAAACUUGCUCAGCAGCCAAAUCGACACGUUUCUCCUAAUCACUGGUCAUGGGGGAUGCGCCCACCAGGGCAGCCACCACCCACUCGACCAAUGCAGGGGGGAUCGCCAUCGCAAAAUUUGACCGGCAUGCCCCAGCAGGCUUGGAGGUAUGGCAGUCCACACAUUAAUACAAGAAGUCCCCCGACUCUGAUCCAGAACCCAGGCAUUCCACAACAGACCUUGAGAGGUCUCAUAAACAGUUCCAACUUUCCUCCCAAACCUAUGGAAGUGCUGCAAGGACCCUCUCGCUAUUCCCAGAAUGCAACUUUCCCAAAUUCUGGUCCGAUUACAUCUCAGGCCUCUUACAUGCAGAGAAACAUGAUGGAAGCCACAUACCUCAGGAGAAGUGACCCAACCCAAGUUUCCUUGUCGGUGUCUGCCCCUAGAGCUAGUUUUGUUCACACUCUGCCCCCUACUAUGGCAGACAAAACUGCCCCAGUAAGACAGAUUUCUCCUAUGUCUGCUCCUACCUCAUCAGAAGCAAGGACAGGUGCUGGUCCCUGGAAGCGUACAGAGCCUCCAGCAAGUGGGCCAUCAAGCCUUAUGUCUAAGAGAAGGAGAAAGUCCUCUCCGGGGCCUGUCAUUGUCAUCAAGGAUGAACCUGAGGAUGAUGACGAAGUUCGGUUUGUCCAGACCACUACCAAAGCUAGUCUUCCUGAUAGCACAGGCGUGCAGUCUCAGACGCAACAGCAAGAAUCAUCUCCCACAGGAGAACAGCAGACAGAGAAAAGCCCAGAACCCGAGGAGGACCCCAAUGAGGACUGGUGUGCUGUGUGCCAGAAUGGAGGAGAGCUGCUUUGCUGUGACAAAUGUCCCAAAGUCUUCCAUCUCAGCUGCCAUAUUCCCACUCUUAAUGCAUCACCAAGUGGUGAAUGGUAUUGCACGUUCUGCCGUGACCUUAACUCCCCCGAAAUGGAGUAUGACACUGAUGGCGGUGGGGAGUCAAGAAACGUCAAGCCAGAUCCUGAUUCAGUAACCUUCACACCUGUGGAUAGACGAAAAUGUGAGAGACUGUUACUCCGCAUCUACUGCAAUGAACUCAGCACUGAUUUCCAGGAGCCUGUUACACCAUCUUCCAUGCCAGAAUACAACGAGAUUAUAAAAACCCCAAUGGACCUGUCUAAAGUAAGGAGCAAACUGGAGGGCAAGGAGAGUCCCAGCUACAAAAGCACAGAGGAGUUUGUAGCAGACAUGCGGCUUAUUUUCAAAAACUGUGCCACUUUUCACAAGGAGGACACAGAGAUGUCCAAUGUUGGAGCUAAUCUGGAGAGUUAUUUUGAGGAGCAGCUUAAACUCUUGUAUCCAGAUCGGACCUUGCCAGAUGUAAAGGCAGAAGAAACUUCUCCAGAACCAGAACCUGUACCUGCACCUGCACCUGCAUCUGCAUCAGCUGCUGCAUCUGCAUCAGCUGCUGCAUCACCGACCGAUACAGCAGAAGCAGCAACACAGUCACCAAAAACAUACUCACCAGAAGCCCCUGGAGCAAAGGGGGAUGCGGAACCUCCUAAUAAAAGUCCUCCAAAGGAGGAACCUCAGUUGGAAGAAGCUUUAGAAAAAGCUGAGGGCACAGAAAAAACGGAGGAAAGCUGUAAUCCUGAAAAUACACCCAAGCAAGACAGCAGUAAAGACCAGAACGGUUGAUCAGACAAAAGCAUCAUAUGAAAACCUGCCCCCUCUCUCUUUCUUUUUUUGUUUUUCUCCCUUUUUAUGGACACCUCAUGGUGUGAUACUACUGCAAUAAUAAGAAUAUUGCAUACAAAAUCAUGGUUAAAAAGAGCAAUACAGCUCAUUAGGGUAUGUAAAAUAGGCACAAUAAAUGCAGUUGUAAAAAUAAGUGAGAUUUUUUUGUUGAGAAAAUGCAUUAAUUUGACAAAUGCAAAAUUGCAUAUAUCAUCUGUACUUCUAAUAGGAUCCUUCUAAUCAUGAAUGAUGUGAUUUGCUUUGUGUAUAUUUAUUUGUCUUAUUCCCAAGUUUAAUUUGGUGCUCCAGAGAUGAGCAUGCUUAGAAAUAAAUUGGCAAAACUGUUCAGUUUUUUCGUUGUGGUGGUGUUCAAAAUCCCAAAUGUGGAGUAUAAUAAUUUAUUCAUCGUUUUACAUUUCUUUAUGUACAAAUGACCCAUGAUCUUUAUCCCUUACAUGAGAGGUCAAUCAAACUGUGGGAUGCACCCAAUAUCAACAAUAUGAACAAUAUGCCAAAAAAACAUGAUGAGAAAUGCUUUAAAAUGAUCUUAAUAAUUAUAGUGUACAGUGAUUUUAAAACUGUUUGUCUUCAUUGCUUUCCUGUCAUGGGUAGAAACUAUUUAUGGUUCUUGGAAGGAUAUUUGUAAUAGGAAUUUUUUUAAAGGCAUUUCUGGCUCAAAUAAGCAGUCCAGUUUUAAGGAUUUAAAUUAAUUGUUCAAACAAAAUAGUUUGUCUGCAUCAGUGUUACAGCAGGCAGUGUUGUUGCCUUACAGCUGGAGUUAUAGUUUCUGUUUAUGCUCUCCAUGUGUAUGUGUGGGUUUCCUUUGGGUGCUCUGGUUUUAUCCCACUCAUGAAAAAAAUAGUGCAGUGGGUAUAUUGGUAACUAAAGCUGUGAACUUUAGAACACCAGUAAAUCCACCAUAUGUUCACUCCAUUUGCAGUCCGUGUUCCUAUAAAGUUGUUUGACCAAG